UAUUCCCACUCAGCCUUCAUCGUGCCACCCAGCUCGACAUUGACGCCUCAUUUCAUCUUGACCCGCUCGACGUCGUCACUGUCAAGCAGGCGGAUGUUGGCUACAACUGCAGCACCAGCGGUGGCACGACUUGACGGGGCACACUCGGUCCCUUCGGCCUCCUUGUGCUUGCUGAUGCCAGGCGCCACAGUAGCGACAUGGAGCGGACCGGCGUCUACUUCUACGUCGCCAGAGGCCUCAAUAGCGGCCUGCGCACACACUUCUGUCAUGACGAGACGUGCUCAUCUCAUGCCAACGAUAUUGUCAAGAGGGUCGUAGGCAAUAUUGUCCCGGUGCUCGAUGGCGAGGAGUUUUCAGUGAGGGUGCUAGUGGACUAUUCCAUUGUUGAGAGCUUUGCAAUGGGCGGGAGGUUGAUGGCACCGUCACGGGUGCACCCAACGGAGGCCAUCUAUGCCAACGCUGGGGUUUACCUCUUCAACAACGCCACCAGCGCCCGGGUCAACGUCACGAGGCUCGUCGUCCACGAGAUGGGCUCCUCCUACAAUCAGGCCUACAUGGCCUCACUGUAAAAAGAAAAUGAAAAUAUGAUUUUUGUUUAGUAAAAAUAUGAUAGAUAGCACAUUGUAUGUACUGUUUUUAGACCAAGGAAGUUCGCUCUCAUUUCUUCGUUGCAA